GCGAGGGUUACUUAGUCCCAUAAUAUAGGUAUAUACACAAACUAUCUUCAGAAAGUGAGAUAUUUCUUUCUCUAUUUUCUAUUUUCUAUUUUCUGAUGUUUUUAAUUUUGAGGUAGUGGCAGUAUGUUUGAACAAAAGGAAAAUCCUUUCCAAAGAGCGCCAACUUCAAAACCCCCUUUUACAAUUGGUGAUAUAAAAAAAGCCAUUCCUCCUCACUGCUUUCAUCCAUCUUUUAUUCGCUCGUUUUCUUAUCUUGUUCAAGAUUUCAUACUUGUCUCCGUUUUUUACUACAUCGCCACCACUUUUUUUCACCUAUUUCCUUCCCCUUAUAAUUACGUUGCAUGGGUUAUUUACUGGAUCGUUCAAGGUUUAGUUUUUUCUGCAAUAUGGGUCAUUGCCCAUGAAUGUGGCCACCAUUCAUUUAGUGAUUACCAUUUGGUAAAUGACACUAUUGGUUUCAUCCUCCAUUCUGCACUUCUCGUCCCAUAUUUCUCAUGGAAAAAUAUUCAUCGCCGUCACCACUCUAACACUGGUUCCCUUGAAAGUGACAUUUUGUUCGUGCCAAGGCUUAAAUCCGAACUAAGAUGGUACCAUAAAUACUUGAAUAAUCCAAUAGGACAAGUAGUCACACUUGCCUGCACUCUCAUUCUUGGCGAGCCUUUGCACUCGGCAUUCAAUGUCUUGGGCAAUCCUAGUGAUCCUUUUGCAUGUCAUUUUGAUCCAUAUGCACCUAUAUAUAAUGACCGUGAGAGGAAACAAAUUUACAUUUCAAAUGCAGGUGUGAUUGCAGCUACUUAUGUGUUGUAUCGUCUUGCUUUGGCAAAAGGGCUAGCUUGGGUUAUAUGCUUCUAUGGGGUACCCCUCCUAAUCACGAAAACCCUUUAUAUAUUAACCACUUUUUUGCACCAUACUCAUCCUUCAGUGCCACAUUAUGAUUCAUCUGAGUGGGAUUGGUUAAGAGGAGCUCUAGCUACUAUAGACAGAGACAAUGGUUCUUUACUAAAUAAAGUCACUCACCACAUUACAGAUACUCAUGUUGUGCAUCAUCUAUUCUCAGCCAUUCCACAUUACCAUGCAGUGGAGGCAACCAAAGCUAUUAAGCCAUUGUUAGGAGAAUAUUACCAAUUUGAUAAUACCACAGUUCAUAAGGCAAUAUGGAGGGAUUUUAAGAAGUGCAUCUAUGUGGAGAAAGAUGAAGGAUCUCAAGCUAAGGGUGUUUUUUGGUAUAAAAACAAGUUCUGAAAGUUGAACACCAAUAACUAUUUACCUAUAUAUUGGUUUAGUGUUCAAUAUAAUACUCGUGGUAAUAAGUAUUUUGGAUUGUGUAUCGUAUUUGUUAUUACUUUAAAUAAAUUGUGUGUUUGAGUUGUUACUUUAUUUAUUGUACUUAUUGUUAAAUUGGUCGUUAUAUAUGUCAC